CCCGUGCCACUCAUCUCACAUAGACCACCACAUUAUGUGCUUGAUGCAUUUCGUCGGUUUCGCGGUCUGUCGUGCCUCUACACCGUAAAACAGCAACAUCCGCGGAUUAAUCUCCACAGCAGCAUCCUUUCAUUUCCGGAAAUACCGAUAAGCCGGUGUUAGGGGGUGUUUUCAUUUGGCAAGGCUGAAUCUGAACCUGGCUGCAAGGAGCAGUUACACCGCGUAGCGAACGCGCUAUCACAUGAGAUCCUUGUGUGUGGCGUUGAAUUGAGAGAAAUAGUAGUGUGAAGGGAUAAGUAAGCAAGUUUUAACCAUUAAAGAGCUGAAAGCAACAACGUCGUCAGUUCAACGUGUGUGCAUGAGUGUGUGUGUUUGUGUGCGCUUAUUUUGUGAAAAAGCUGCAUGCAAUUUUGUGAAUGAGUGAGUGUGAAAACGUAGUCGAAAAGGCAAAAUCAGUAACCGUUUCUUCAAACGCAAAAAGGAUCGUAAAAUUGAUAAAAUCUCCUAAUUGAAUAAACCUCAUUAUCGCGGCAAAAAAGAAAAACCCAAUAAGUACAUCAAACGCGCGCGACAGUGUGUGUGAGUGUGUUUUAGUGCAACAGUGAGAACAGUGAAAUCCCAUCAACCAUCCUUUGCCCCGGACGAAAAGGAUUAAGUGAGCAAAAAUAAUCUCCUAACUGACAACAGCAACAACACCUACAACGAUGGCGGAAGAUCUGCGAGACCGCAAUGAUCCGGAGCUGAAAUAUCUAUCCGUGGAGCGGAAUUCGUUCAACGAUCCGGCUACGCAGGCCGAGUGGACACAAAAGCGGUUAGUUUGGGUGCCGCAUGAAUCACAGGGCUUCGUCGCUGCCAGCAUCAAAGGCGAACGGGGCGAUGAGGUGGAGGUCGAGCUGGCCGAAACCGGCAAGCGCGUGCUGGUACUUAAGGAUGACAUCCAGAAAAUGAACCCGCCCAAAUUCGACAAAGUCGAAGAUAUGGCCGAGCUGACGUGCCUCAACGAAGCCUCGGUUCUGCAUAACAUCAAGGACCGAUACUACUCCGGUUUGAUAUAUACAUACUCGGGCUUGUUCUGCGUAGUGGUGAACCCGUACAAGAAGCUGCCUAUCUACACCGAGAAGAUCAUGGAGAAAUACAAAGGCAUCAAACGGCACGAAGUGCCACCACACGUAUUCGCGAUCACAGACACCGCCUAUAGAUCGAUGCUCCAAGAUCGAGAGGAUCAGUCGAUUCUUUGCACUGGCGAGUCGGGCGCGGGUAAAACCGAGAACACAAAGAAAGUUAUCCAGUAUUUAGCGUACGUCGCCGCAUCGAAACCGAAGGGAUCCGUCGCGACACCAACGCCAGCACUUAUCAUCGGUGGUCACCACACGAGUUUAUCGGGUGAAUUGGAGCAGCAACUGCUUCAGGCAAAUCCCAUUCUGGAAGCGUUCGGUAAUGCAAAGACGGUGAAAAACGACAAUUCGUCUCGUUUCGGCAAAUUCAUUCGGAUAAACUUUGACGCUUCCGGUUACAUCUCGGGCGCGAACAUUGAGACGUAUCUGCUGGAGAAGUCACGUGCCAUUCGCCAGGCGAAGGAUGAGCGUACAUUCCACAUCUUCUACCAGCUGCUGGCCGGCGCAUCGCCCGAACAGCGCGAACGCUUUAUCCUCGAUGACGUCAAGACGUAUCCGUUCCUGUCCAACGGUGGGCUGCCGGUACCGGGCGUCGACGAUUACGCCGAAUUCCAGGCCACGGUCAAGAGCAUGAACAUCAUGGGCAUGACGUCGGAGGACUUUAACUCGAUCUUCCGCAUCGUGAGCGCGGUGCUUCUGUUUGGGUCGAUGACGUUCAAGCAGGAGCGUAACUCGGACCAGGCCACGCUGCCGGACAAUACGGUGGCGCAGAAAAUUGCCCACCUGCUCGGGCUGAGCGUGACGGACAUGACGAAGGCAUUCCUGACGCCCCGCAUCAAGGUGGGACGCGAUUUUGUGACCAAGGCGCAAACGCGGGAGCAGGUGGAGUUUGCGGUGGAGGCAAUCGCGAAGGCAUGCUACGAGAAGAUGUUCAAGUGGCUGGUGAACCGGAUAAACCGAUCGCUCGAUCGUACCAAGCGCCAGGGUGCCUCGUUCAUCGGCAUUCUCGACAUGGCCGGGUUUGAAAUAUUCGAGCUGAACUCGUUCGAGCAGCUGUGCAUCAACUACACGAACGAGAAGCUGCAGCAGCUGUUCAACCACACCAUGUUCAUCCUCGAGCAGGAGGAGUAUCAGCGCGAAGGCAUCGAGUGGAAGUUUAUCGAUUUCGGGUUGGAUCUGCAGCCGACGAUUGAUCUGAUCGACAAGCCGGGCGGUAUUAUGGCGCUGCUAGACGAGGAGUGCUGGUUCCCGAAAGCCACGGACAAAUCGUUUGUGGAGAAGCUGGCUGCCGCCCAUUCCAUGCAUCCGAAGUUCAUGAAGACGGACUUCCGUGGUGUGGCGGACUUUGCGGUGGUCCAUUACGCCGGCAAGGUGGACUAUUCGGCAACGAAAUGGUUGAUGAAGAACAUGGACCCGCUGAACGAGAACGUGGUUUCGUUGCUGCAAGCGUCGCAGGAUCCGUUCGUGGUGCAGAUUUGGAAGGACGCCGAAAUUGUCGGCAUGGCACAGCAGGCCCUCACCGACACGCAGUUCGGCGCCCGAACUCGCAAGGGUAUGUUCCGUACCGUGUCGCAUCUGUACAAGGAACAGCUGGCAAAGCUGAUGGACACGCUGCGCAACACGAACCCGAACUUUGUGCGCUGCAUUAUUCCCAACCACGAGAAGCGGGCGGGCAAGAUCGACGCUCCGCUUGUGUUGGACCAGCUGCGCUGCAACGGUGUGCUCGAGGGUAUCCGUAUCUGCCGGCAGGGCUUCCCCAAUCGUAUCCCGUUCCAAGAGUUCCGCCAGCGGUACGAGCUGCUCACACCGAACGUCAUUCCGAAGGGCUUCAUGGAUGGCAAGCGUGCUUGCGAGCAGAUGAUCAAAUCGCUCGAACUCGACAGCAACCUGUAUCGUAUCGGCCAGUCGAAGAUCUUCUUCCGUGCGGGUGUGUUGGCCCACCUGGAAGAGGAGCGUGACUACAAGAUUACGGACCUGAUCGUCAACUUCCAGGCGUUCUGCCGUGGUUUCCUGGCCCGCCGCAACUACCAGAAGCGACUGCAGCAGCUGAACGCAAUUCGCAUCAUUCAGCGCAACUGUGCCGCUUACCUGAAGCUGCGCAACUGGCAGUGGUGGCGUCUGUACACGAAGGUGAAACCGCUGCUGGAGGUUACCAAGCAGGAGGAGAAGCUUGUGCAGAAGGAAGACGAGCUGCGUCAGAUCCGCGACAAACUGGAGAACCUGUCCAAGAACUCGCAGGAGUACGAGAAGAAGUACCAACAGGCGGUGGAGGAGAAGACGCAUCUGGCCGAACAGCUGCAGGCGGAGAUUGAGCUUUGUGCCGAAGCGGAAGAAGGACGGGCCCGGCUGGUCGCGCGCAAGCAGGAGCUCGAGGAGCUGAUGCAGGACCUCGAGUCGCGCAUCGAAGAGGAGGAAGAACGCGUGAACGCGCUGACGAGCGAGAAAAAGAAGCUGCAAAUCAACAUCCAGGACCUGGAGGAGCAGCUGGAAGAGGAAGAAGCCGCCCGCCAGAAGCUCCAGCUCGAGAAGGUGCAGCUCGACGCAAAGCUGAAGAAGAUGGAGGAAGACGUAGCGCUGAUCGAAGACCAGAACCACAAGCUGGUGAAGGAAAAGAAGCUGCUCGAGGAACGUGCCAACGACCUGUCGCAAACGCUCGCCGAGGAGGAGGAGAAGGCGAAGCAUCUUGCCAAGCUGAAGGUAAAGCAUGAGUCGACGAUCGCGGAGCUCGAGGAGCGCCUGCUGAAGGAUCACCAGCAGCGCCAGGAAGCGGACCGCUCGAAGCGAAAGAUCGAAACGGAGGUGGCCGACCUCAAGGAGCAGAUCAACGAGCGACGCAUGCAGAUCGAGGAGAUGCAGCAGCAGCUGGUCAAGCGCGAGGAAGAACUGGCCCAAACUCUUGUGCGCAUCGACGAAGAGUCGGCGGCGAAGGCUGCGGCGCAGAAAACGCAGCGCGAGCUCGAAUCACAGCUGGCCGAAAUUCAGGAGGAUCUGGAAGCGGAGAAGCUGGCCCGUUCCAAGGCGGAAAAGCAAAAGCGCGAUCUGAACGAAGAGCUCGAGGCGCUCAAGAACGAACUGUUGGAUUCUCUGGACACUACAGCAGCACAACAGGAGCUGCGCUCGAAACGGGAGCAGGAGGUGGCCACCUUGAAGAAGACGCUCGAGGAUGAGUCUGCCAACCACGAAUCGACCCUGAUGGACAUGCGUCACAAACACGCGCAGGAGAUUUCCUCCAUCAACGAGCAGCUGGAGAACCUGAAGAAGAUGAAGGGUGGUUUGGAGAAGAGCAAACAACAGCUCGAAGCGGAAAAUGCGGACCUUGCCACCGAGCUGCGCAACGUAAAUCAAUCGCGCCAGGAGAACGAUCGUCGGCGCAAGCAGGCGGAAACGCAGAUCGCCGAGCUGCAGGUCAAGCUGGCCGAAGUCGAUCGUGUUCGCGUUGAGCUGCAGGAUAAGGUGACGAAGCUACAGCAGGAAACGGAAAACAUCACGCAGCAGCUCGACGAAGCAGAGCUGAAAGCAUCGGCUGCGAUCAAGAGCGCCGGCAAUCUGGAGAGCCAGCUUACCGAAGCUCAGCAGCUGCUCGAGGAGGAAACGCGCCAGAAGCUUGCCCUGAGCUCCAAGCUGCGCCAGAUCGAGUCCGAGAAGGAGGCGCUCCAGGAGCAGCUGGAAGAGGACGAGGAAGCAAAGACCAACUACGAAAAGAAGCUGGCCGAGCUGAACUUUACCAUUCAGGAGCUGAAGAAACGCUCGGAGGAGGAUUCGGACAUUGCCAAGGAGCUGGAAGAGUCGAAGAAAAAGAUGAACAAGGACAUCGAAACGCUGCAGCGCCAGAUCCAGGAGCUGCAGGCGGCUAACGAUCGUUUGGACAAGAGCAAGAAGAAGAUCCAGUCCGAGCUGGAGGACGCGACGAUCGAGCUGGAAACGCAGCGCACCAAGGUGCUGGAGCUGGAGAAGAAGCAGAAGAACUUCGACAAAGUGUUGGCCGAGGAGAAGGCAAUCGGGGAGCAGGUGGCGCAGGAGCGCGACGCGGCCGAGCGCGAGGCGCGCGAGAAGGAAACAAAGGUACUUUCGCUGUCCCGCGAGCUGGAUGAAGCGUUCGAGAAGAUUGACGAGCUGGAGACGAAGCGCAAGGGUCUGCAGAAUGAGCUGGACGAGCUGGCCAAUACACAGGGCACAGCCGACAAAAACGUGCACGAGCUGGAGAAGGCGAAGCGGGCACUGGAGAGCCAGCUGGCGGAGCUAAAAGCACAAAACGAGGAGCUCGAGGACGAUCUUCAGCUGACCGAGGAUGCCAAGCUGCGGCUGGAGGUGAACAUGCAGGCUCUGCGCGCACAGUUCGAGCGUGACAUUCAGGCGAAGGAGGAACAGUCGGAGGAGAAGCGUCGCGGGCUGGUGAAGGCGUUGCGCGAUCUCGAGGCCGAGCUGGACGAGGAGCGCAAACAGCGUGCGGCAGCGGUGGCCGCGAAGAAGAAGCUCGAGGGCGACAUCAAGGACAUGGAGGCGACGCUCGAGAUGAACAACAAGGUGAAGGAGGACGCACUGAAGCAGGCGAAGAAGCUGCAGGCACAAAUCAAAGACGCGAUCCGUGACGCCGAGGAAGCUAAGGCGGCUAAGGAGGAGUUAGCCGCCAUUAGCAAGGAGUCCGAGCGCAAGGUGAAAACGCUCGAAGCGGACGUGAUGCAGCUGUCCGAGGACCUUUCCAGCUCGGAACGGGCGCGCCGUGCCGCCGAGGGCGAGCGGGACGAGCUGCUCGAGGAGAUCAACUCCAACUCCAGCAAGGGUUCGCUCAUGAUUGACGAAAAGCGACGCCUGGAGGCGCGCAUCGCCGCCCUCGAGGAAGAGCUGGAGGAGGAGCAGUCGAACCUCGAGCUUAUGGUGGACCGAAACCGCAAGGCGCAGCUAACGAUCGAGCAGCUGACGACCGAGCUGGCGACGGAGAAAUCGAACGCCCAGAACAACGAGACGCUCAAGUGUGGUCUCGAGCGGUUGAACAAGGAGCUGAAGGCGAAACUGUCCGAGCAGGAGACGGCGCUACGCACCAAGCUGAAGGCCGCAACGGCCGCGUCCGAGGCGAAGAACAUGAACCUGGAGAAACAGCUCGAAAACGAAACGAAGGAACGGCUGGCGGUGCAGAAGGCGAACCGCAAGCUGGAGAAGCGCAUCAAGGAGCUGACGAUGAACAUCGAAGACGAGCGACGACAUGCCGAUCAGUUUAAGGAGCAGAUCGAAAAGGCCAACAAUCGCAUGAAGACGCUGAAGCGCAACCUGGACGAGGCGGAAGAAGAAAUCCAGAAGGAGAAGACGCUGAAACGGAAGGCCCAGCGCGAGUGCGAGGAUAUGCUCGAAAGUCACGAAGCACUCUCGCGGGAGGUGAACGCGCUCAAGUCAAAGUUGAGACGGGGUGGCGCAAUGGGCAGUCUCAGCUCGUCCCGAUUGACACCGAAACGCGAGAACGACUCGAUCUCGGUGCAGGAUGAAUCGCUCGAUGGCGAAGAUAACAGCAACUGACGAAAGACGUCUUCCAAUGGCAAGCAGCAGCAGCAGCAGCAGCAGCAACAGUAUCAAUCGCAACACCAACAACUCUACCACCAUUCCGGCGGCAACCUUUACUGAAGUGGAGGUUAACACGAAUUCGAUCGCAAUACGGCAUACAUUAGAAGGUGUUUACCAGCAAUAAAGCGACGACAUGCGGGGGACAGGAUGGAACCUACAGAAACACACACAAACACACACGAACACGAACACCCACAAGCACGUAAGAACGGAUCGAUGCAUUUAUCAAGCACCACCCGUAAGGAUUAUCGUAGUGGAGAAAUGGGCGUAAAAUGGUCGAAUAAGGAAAGGCAUUUGGCAUCAUUUCCUUCCCCUCUUUAGUUGCGUUUGUUCAUCUACUUUAUCUGGCCCACUAUGCUUCUUGUAUAAAAAAAAGUUGAUUUAUGUAUCUGCCAGUGCAACGCUUUCGAUUGCUUUUUCUUUGCCGUUGCACUUUUUGUUCACAUUCCUGUUACUUUAUAAGAAACGCAAAAUGACGGGCACACUCGGGGGGCUCGGAUUAUCCCGGACGGUUGAUGGACAUUUUUUUUGUUGACGGACCAGCAGCAAAUUCUGAGACUGAUCGCGCAGGAAAAAUACAAGCAUGAUGGAUGUGAGUGUGUGUACCCUUAGCAAAGUGCCAUGUUUAAAAACAAUCAAAUCUAGCUAGAACGAUCGAACAAGAGACAGUCAGAGAGAGCGAGAGAGAGAGUGAGAGAGAAAAGAUGAAACUGAAAAUGUGGGAAAAGGGUAGGCUUUUUUUGUAUUCCUUUGCCAAACCCAGCAUAAGGAAAGACCCUAUCAAUUCUCAAUGCGCUAGGUGGUAGAUCAUUCACCUGCCAGUCCACAGCUUCCCGCAACCCACGAGGAUCCGUUGCCUUUGGCGAUCAUGAUCAUCCAUCCUGUGUUCCGUUGUUUUUUGAUGUUGUGACUUUUUUAAUUUCCUUCCUUUUGGUUUAUGGUUUCUGUUCUCGUUCCGUCCUUACUCUGCGUUGUGUUAAGUUGUUGUACACCUGAGCAGGAGUCAUGCAGGAGAUGAAGCUUAAAGUCCCUCCUGGCGUCUGUGUUGAGUUGUGUUCCCUCGUCGUUGCCGAAAUUCAACCCCCAAAUCGGGAUUAGGGGUUAAGCGCUCGUCGUAAUGUGUUUAUUGUAAAGAGAAAAGCGCGGAAACAGUAGGAGGAGGAAAAAAAAGCGAAGCGACAGCAAGAAGAAAAUGAGAAGCAGUGAAAGAGAGAGAGAGAAAGCAGCAGAAGCAUUUUCUUGGGAUUUUUCUUUUUUGUUCAUCUUUUUGUCGUAUCUUUUCUGAAUUUUGAUUAUUAUUUAAUGAUUUUUAUUUCAUUCUACUUUUUCGUCCUUUAUUUAACUGUGUAUUAUUACUUUUAUUAUUAUGAUUAUUAUUAUGAUUACUAUUACACUUUAAAAUCGAAUCGCAGUUGAAGCAAGCCUUGAAAACGAAUCCGAGAGAGAGAGAGAGAGAGAGCGAGAAAGUGAGCGAGUGACAGAAGGAUGAAGGAAAAUAACCUAGAGUGUGGAGGGGGGGGGGCGGGGUGGCAGGUGAUGAUCAGCAUCAGACUCCCCGCCCCCCCCCCCUCCCCACCAACCCAGUAGGAAACACACAUUUUUAUGCUAUUUCUCACCGAACUAGAACAGAACAGCAGAAACGGACACAUUUUUGGAAGUAUUGCAAUGAAAUGUAAAACAAAAUAACUCACACACACCUCCUCACGCUCGCCUUCACGAUCCCUACCCUCUCCAGCCUCCCACAUCCUCCCCCUCCAAUCCCCUGUUACAUACAUUUAAUAAGCCCCAUGUACUUUUUUAUAGGAGAUGAAGAUAAAUCGGAAACCAGCUGUGUGUGGGUGUGUUAGAACGCGCACACACGCACACCGCAGCAAAUGAUUAAAAUUGAUAAUAAAAUAUCGUUUAAAUAUUGAAA